AAAAAAGGAGGUUAGGUUAGGUCACGAAAGAAACAAACACCCACUCAAUCACUCUCCCAAACCCAAACACUUCUAACCUCUCUUCUCAAUAUCUCUAAUCAUACAUUUUCUCUCAUCCAUCAAACAUGGCUUCAACUUCCCAAAUUCCUAUCUUCCUACGCAAUUGCAAGACAGGUAACAUUACUGCAACUCAAGCAUUUCAUUUCUUUGACCUAAUGUUGCGUUCAUAUCCUAUUCCCCCCAUUUCUUCUUUCGAUUGUUUACUUGGUGGGCUUGCUAAGAUUAAACACUACUCUCUACUAUUUUCUCUCUAUAAUAAAAUGCGCCUUGCUGGACUUUCGCCUAGUGCCAUUACACUGAAUAUACUGGUGAAUUGCCUUUGCAAUGUCAAUCGGGUUAGUGAAGCUCUUGCGGGCAUGGCGGGGCUUUUAAGGAGAGGUUAUAUUCCUAAUGUAGUCACAUAUACGACCUUGAUUAAGGGAUUGUGUAUGGAGCAUAGGAUUAGUGAAGCCACACGGUUAUUUCUCAGAAUGCAAAAAUUAGGUUGUACGCCCAAUGUGGUUACUUAUGGGACUCUCGUCAAGGGGCUAUGCCAAACCGGGAAUGUUAACAUUGCACUUAAAUUGCAUCAAGAAAUGCUUAAUGACACCAGUCAAUAUGGGAUUAAUUGUAAGCCUAAUGUUUUUAACUAUAAUAUCAUCAUAGAUGGGCUUUGUAAGGUUGGACGUGAAGACGAGGCAAAUGAACUUUUUGAGGAAAUGAAAGCUCAGGGAAUGAUUCCCAAUGUCAUUUCAUAUAGUUCCUUGAUUCAUGGAUUUUGUUGUGCUCGAAAGUGGGAGGAGUCUAAACGUUUGUUCGAUGAGAUGGUGGAUCAAGGUGUUCAACCAGAUAAGGUCACAUUUAGUGUGUUGAUUGAUACGCUUUGCAAGGAAGGGAAGGUUAUUGAGGCUAAGAAGUUGUUUGAGGUCAUGAUUCAAAGAGGUAUCGUUCCUGAUUUGUUUAUUUAUAGUUCAUUGAUGGAGGGAUUUUGUAUGGUUGGUGAUCUUAACAGUGCGAGGGAAUUAUUUGUUAGCAUGCCAAGCAAGGGAUGCGAACCUGAUGUGAUUUCUUACACUGUGCUAAUUAAUGGGUAUUGUAAAACCUUGAAGGUGGAAGAAGCAAUGAAGCUUUACAAUGAAAUGCUUCUUGUGGGAAAGAGGCCAAAUGUGAUAACAUAUGGUGCCUUGUUAACGGGGCUUUUUCUAGCAGGUAAGGUUGGUGAUGCAAAGAAGCUAUUUAGUGCCAUGAAAGCUCGUGGUAUUUCUGCAAAUUCUCAUAUAUAUGGUAUUAUCUUAGAUGGGUUGUGUAAGAAUGGUUGUUUAUUUGAAGCAAUGAAACUUUUUACUGAGCUAAAAUCAUACAACUUCAAAUUGGAUAUUGAAACCUAUAGUUGUCUAAUUGAUGGCCUAUGCAAAGAAGGAAAACUGGAAACUGCUUGGGAGCUUUUCGAGAAACUAUCCCAAGAAGGGCUUCAACCAAAUGUUGUGACUUAUAGCAUUAUGAUCCAUGGACUUUGUAGAGAGGGACAAGUAGAUAAGGCAAAUGUUUUGAUUCAAAAGAUGGAAACAAAUGGUUGUAACCCCAACAUUAUUACUUAUAAUACACUUAUGCGUGGUUUCUACGAAAGUAAUAAAUUAGAUGAGGUGGUUCAACUUCUCCAUGGGAUGGUUAAGAAGGAUGUGUUGCCAGAUGCCACCACUUGCUCCAUAGUUGUAGACAUGCUUUGCAAAGAUGAAAAGUAUCAAGAAUGUCUAGACUUGCUUCCAAGAUUUUCCGUCCAAAAGCAUCAAGGUUGAUAACAAGACACCUAUUGAUAGACUUAUUAGGAGCUAUAUUUCUCCGAAAUUUCUAACAGUUUCGUGAAGGAACGCCACAUCCUUUCCUGUAUUUGAUAGUUUGUCCUGGUCAUUGAUAGGAUGGCUCAAAAGGACGUUUCACCAAAUGCCAAUACUUGCAGCAUGGUUGUAGACAUGCUUUCCAAAGAUGAAAAAUAUCGAGAAUGUCUACACUUGCUUCCAAGGUUUCCCAUCCAAAAGUGCCAGCGUUGAUAAACUCUUAUUGAUGACUCAUUAGGAGCUAUAUGAUCUGAAAUUUUCUAAUCAGCUUAAAAAAGGAGGAUCAUAUCAUCAAGAGCAAACUAACCAACAUGGAAUAGAGUAUGUUCUUUUACCAAAUGAACGUUUUUACUAUGUUCAAACUCAUUUUGAUACAUGUCUUUAGUCAUUCAUUAUCAAUUUUGAAUCUUAGUUUGUAUGGCAAAUUGAGCACACUAAGGAAUGUGUACAUUUGAUAAAAGUUUGUAAAUUGUUUCUUUAAAACUUGGAAAACACUUUGGAGUGCUUUUGGCAGUAUCGUGAAGUGUUUUCAAUUAAAUUAACAAUAUGCAAUGCUUCUUUAUGUCCA